GUCACAGACCGCCCCCGCCCUCUUGCUCGUUACUGCUUUGCUGCAUCACCAGCUCCUGCAGCCGCUGUACUGGGAUCCCGAACAUUUGCACAGGCCUUGAAUUUUCUUAACAUAUCCAUCUGCUGAGCUGAACGUCUCAGUGCUAGUGGGGAAAUAUCUUUCAAAGUAAGGGGUGUGAACAUUCGUUGCUAAAGAAUCAACAACAAAAACCAGCACCUCCAUUUAGGGCAUUAGAAGACAGAAGAUCAGGAACACUUGGGCGAAGUGGAAACAUGGCGAAAGUAGAGCAAGUCCUUAACCUGGAGCCUCAGCACGAGCUUAAAUUCAAAGUGGAAAGAAGCCAAACCAGAAGACCUGAUGGAUUCAAAACUUAGAUGUGUGUUUGAGUUACCAGCAGAGAAUGACAAGCCUCUUGAUGGAGAAAUAAACAAGAUCAUAUCUAGCAAUAUAACAAAAACAGAGUCAUCUUCACUCUCCAAAUCAAUAAGUUCUAAUCUGGAUGACUCAGAGUAUAAGAAAGUGUUGGAAGACAACAAGAGACUGCAAUCAGAGCUCCAGAGGCUACGAGAGGAAUAUAAGCAGUCUAAGGAGGAAGAUGGAUUGAGACUAAGAAAACUUCAGACCGUAAACAACCCAAUGUCUCCAUCUUCCCACCUGGCAAAAGAAGAGGGUUUAAAUACCCGGAUACUUGCUUUGGCAAUUUUGUGCUUCUUUAUUGGUGUAAUUAUAGGGAAAAUUGCCUUGUAGGUGAAGCAUGCUGAGAGAGAGAAAAAAGAAACAAUCAUACUGUCGAUGGUUUAGCCAUAUCAAGGAAAUUAAAUUUAUUCAUAACAAUGUUUAAAAGAUGGAGAGAGAAAAAAAUGUAAAACAUUUCACAGGUCUUGCCUUUUAAGUUCCUCCCUGCACAAUUAUAACAUAUGCUUCUAGGAUCAAAAUAAUUGUACAAAAUGAACCAUUAGAACAUUGAUUAAAUAACAAGUUAUGAUUAAUACUGUAACAUCAUACUGUAAAUGUAAUUUUAAAGAAGAAAACACACACUCAAGUUUUUAAUCCCUGGGUAUGUGUUGGCUGGGUUACCUCUUUUGUAAAAGAAAAAAGUAUGAUAAAUGACAUAUUUCUUGACCUGCUAGCACUGACUUUAUGUCAAGCUGUUUCCAAGUCGUUAAAGGUGAUAACUUUUUUUUUCCUUCAAGAUUAUAUAAAUAUAUAUAAAUAUAUUAAUCGUUGCUGCUCAUAAAUUAUACAGUCAGUCUGUUCAGUUUUGUGCAAAUGUUUCUAGUUUUUCUGGAUGUAGGUACCCAGAGUCCAGCUCACCUGACCAUACCUGGAUUUGCACAAGAUCUGCCAUAUUGCUUCCCAGUGUUUCAUGACUGGUGGACUAGCCAUUUUUAUUUUUCUGGAUGCGCGAAGAUCGUUUACUGGCUACUUUUGGUGGCUGAGAUUUAGCCGUAAAGCCUUGUGUGUUUUGUCUUCUGCUAGAGGGCCAGAAAGCUUCCUCAACUGAAUCUGGCAAUCGGAGUGCAGACAUAAGAUUUUGUGUGGUGGAAAUCCAGUCCUAAAAACACUUUGUGUUCUUGUAUCAACAGCCUUCUAUUGUAAGUCGGUUGAUAAUGAAGGCCAUGAUAGAGCAAUGUGGCCUGACUCAUCAAGUAUUGUCAUUGAGUAAUAAUUAUGGGGUGCUAAAGUCAUUAUUGGUUUGUUUUAAGGGAUAAAGCACAGUCAUCCUAUGUAUUGAUGCAAUAGAUUUAAACUAGAUUGUAUGUGCCAGGAACCUAGGGGUUAAUUCUCCGCAGCAUCCAGAUUUUGCCUCCAUCUUAUUAAAGGAAAUGGUUAGUAACCUAGUAACGGUUGUCUUGUAAAUAUCUUUACCAGAUUUCCUGUGGUGCAGUGAUUUACAGAUUUUUUUUUAUUCCCCCCCCCCCCCCCCUUUACCAGUUGUAUUGAACAUAAAACACUGGCCAAGCUCAAGAUAUCACUGAGGAAAAAUAUAUAUUGGGGUCGGACAAGGACCAAACCUAUGAGUGUUGUAAAUUUAAUCAUGGGUGGAAACUUACGCACCCCCUUAAAGGGGCUAAUUUUAAUUAAAACAAAAUGUAUUUAUUUCCGAAAAAAAUUGAAGAGCAGGAUAAUACUCGUAUUAUUAGCAAUUACCUCUAAUUCUUAAUGUAGAUUAUUUCUGUUAAUGAAACAUCCUAAUGUAAUGCUCUUAUAUAUUAGAGCACUUUGGUGUUACACAAAUGUUUUUUCACAGCUGUGAGUUUAACCCCGACAGGUUGAUAAACAGUUAAAAUGAAUUGCUACUUCUAAGGAGGAUACCUGCUAAGCCAAUCAUGAACUGCAUACACACAUAGCUGCCAUUCACCAGCCGUGUCCUCCUUUGGAAUGGCAUGGGAUAAUGUUCAUCCUCCUAUUACAGAGAUUACCAGAGGGAAUCAUGUAUUAAUGAAAUGCUAUAAUAAAUUAAAGUGAAAGUAAACUUUCGCCUUUGUCUAAACAGAUCUGGAAGGUUAGCGAUAUGUUAGAGUUUAAAUCAUCGGUUGUAAUGAAGAUGCGCUAUAACUUUUUAAUGUAACGCUGACAUUCAAAUUCUAUGUGCUACAGCUGCCUACUUGAAAAGUAAUUUUAUUGUUGAGUAAUGGUUUGAAGUGUUUUCCAAUCAGCGUUCUAGCCAUACGGCACUUUUGUUGCAACCAGAGCGCAGAUUGAAGAAUAUUUCAAACAACAAUAUUACUUUUGAAGUCGGCGAUAGGAGCGUGGGGAAUUUGAAUUUCUGCACUACAUUAAAAAGUAAGUUGUAUAGCGCAUCUUCAUUACAACUGAUGAAUUAAACUCCAUCUAAAAUAUCACUAACAUUCUGGAUCUGAUUAGACAAAGGGCAACAUUUACUAUCACUUUAAGCAUUCUAUAUAUGUGUCAAUGUCCCUUGAAUCAAGUUUAUAGCACAAUGUUUAAUAGUGGUGACUCAUCUUUAUGAUGUUGAGUUAAGUUACUGCUCCUGAGCAUACCUAGAUAUGCUUUUAAAUAAGGAUACCUAGAAAAGGAAGCAAAUUAGUUAACAAAAGUAAAGUGUUAUCAAAUGUUACUACUUGGCAUUUAUUUUACUUUCAUGUCAGUGUAUUUGAAUGUCCCAGACCACCAGCGCAGGCAGUUAACUAGUGUAAUCCAUAAUAUUCUUAGCUUCCAGAACUUUGUUUGGAACAUGUAGAACAUUUUGAUUUGGGAUUAUAAUACAGUGCCCAAGGUAACAUUUUGGAAUAUCCUGUUGAAAAUGAAUAACUUGGUGUACAAUAUCCAUAUUUUACAAGAAUAUAUCCAGCCAUAGUAUGAAAUGUAGGUUUUGAAACUGUCUCAUUUAGAGCAGCUCCUUUUUUUGUUUUAAAAAAAGAAGAAAAAUAUGGGUUUAUUUCACUGUUCAAACAGUGUAUGACUGCUCAGAUAAACUGAAUUGAGCCUCUUACAUUUUCAUUUUGCUCAAAUUUAAUUUGACUUAUGACCUAGUACUAAAACAUUUAGGGUAAAGAGUAUUGUGGUUGUGAUAGCUCAUUGUGUAUAUUGAACGUUCUCAUCACAACCAAUUUCAAUAGAUAUGAUUUAUCACCUUCACGCCAUUUUAUAUGGUGUCCUGUAGCCCCUUCCACUUUGAUGCAUUCAAGAAUCGGACUGAGGGGCGUGACUAGCAGCAUAGGCAGUCCCCCAUUAUCCGAUCCCAGCCUUGAAAUCACGUGAUCCCAUCAAUGAUUGUAUGAUUUUAUUACGUUAUUGUAAUUAAGCAGCUCUUUAAUGAGUACUGUUGCAUAUUCCUUUAUUACUAGAGAUAAUUUACUGUGCAUUUAAGAACACAUUUUAACAGAUGUUGAUCUGCACCCCAGCAAUAUGGUUAAACUAAGGUUUCAAGGCACUCCUGUGUAAAUUAUACUAUUUUAGAUUAUCUAAAACGGCUGUUAGGACUAUUUUUCUUUUUUUACACAUUUUUACAGGUUGUGGAAUUGCAAUGGACAAAAAUACUUCUUUUUUUAUUCUGUGUGUAGGAAAAAAUAUAUAAAGGCGUAUUUAAUUUUUUGCAUUUCCUGUAAAUCAUCGGCUUCCAAGAUCAAAAGCAGAAGGUGGUCAUUCUGAUUUUGCUAAAUAUUCUGUCAUUAUAAGGGACAGUGUAGACCGGAAUUCUGUCUCAUAUGUACCAAAGUAACUAUUAAAGUCUUAUCUCAAAAGAGGUUACGUAAAAAUAAAAUUAAUUUUUUUUUCCUUU